AGAGUCGUCCAACGGUUGCAUCAACAACAGCGACAACAACAUCAACGAUAAUGCAGUCGACUAAUACACAAUCUUCAACUUCAACAUCGCUAAUAACAUCACUAGCCCCCUCCUUUUCCAUUUCUUUCUCUUCUUCUUCCGUCUCCUCAUCACCUCCGUCUACAUUAUCUUCCUCCACCUCCACCUCUUCUCCAUUGUCUGUACCAUCCUCUACUUCCUCCUACUCAUUCUCCUCCUCUUUCUCAUAUCCCUCAUCAUUAUGGUCAUCGUGGUCGACACUGUCAUCGUCUUACCACAACGCAAUUACACAAGAAGGAACAUCUUCAGUAGAAGCUGACCCAGUCGUUACCUCGACAGUUACAGAAGCAGGAGGACCAUCAAAUGCUGAAGGCCAUCCAGUUACCAUAGUCCCAACAACCCCGAAUUUAUGCUGGUGUCCUUGUUCACAGACAUCGAUGAAUUUGACCCAAGAGGAACUAGGGAUGAAGUUACGCCAAAUCUCUUCAGAGUUAUCCAUUCCACGUAAAAUCACAUCCAAGUACAUACGUUCAAAAAUCAGUAUAGAAGACAAAAGAGCUUCUUCUUUCUAUAUGGGCUCUGCCAUAGUGCUUACCAUCACCAUUCCUUUUGGCUUGAUCAUUCUCAUGGAUCUAUUCCCAUUGUUUAAAUGGGCAUAUGGUUAUCUAAUUUCAUAAAAGAAACCCUAACAAAAUACUCAUUUUUUUAUUUUCUGUCUUCAAAUUUUCAUUGAAAAUAUAAUUUCAAUGAUCUUUUCUUUUGUUAUUAUUUUACGGUGGUUGUUUCACACUAUUUUAUCACAGAAUGCUAUGUUGCUUAAGCUUCUCCUCGUACACAAAUUUUCACAGAUGUGCAAAUUAAUGUCACAUGCUAACUGCUCCAGGUGUACAGCUGUGCUACAUCUGCUGUUGUUGACGGAAAUUAUUUUUCUUUUAACGAGGCCAAUUUGAAAGACCAGCUCACACUCUUUCUCAAUGCGACGAUGGCUACUUUUGUUAGCCACUUGUGUGAGCAACUCAGACUACGAAGUCGAAUGUGUUGGAAGGAAGGAAAACAGUGUCAAUAAUUGCUGGUCUCCUGGUUGUAUGCACAGGUCUCAACUGAUUUGCCCCAAGCUUGCACUGUGUGGUGCCUUAUCGAUUUGUCCCACAAAAGCACAUUCUAUGGUACCCUGUCUAUUCCUCCCAAACAUUCACUGUAUUGUAGCUUAGCGAGUCAAUUCAAGCAUACAUUAUUUGGCACCUUACUG